AUGCCGGUCACUUCGCCAGAUCAGACCCGAAAGCCACCAAGUACCCGCACCCUCCAACAACCUUUCGAUGCUAAGCGCCUGUCUCCAAGAGCGGAUGGUCUCAAUGCAUAUAUCAACGCCCUCCAACUCCCAGGCUGCAACCAUGUAUUGGACUUGUUGGUGCGAAAGUACAAGGAGAGUUCUCGACAGCAGAUCGAGAGCACUUCAUUGGCUGAUUGCUCCAGCCAUGUUCUCUGGACGACCCACAGUUUGGUCCUCGAGGCCAUAGCGGAAGGGAACAUCGCACAGAGAUACUUUGCGGAUGAGGACACGCGUUCGGUCUUGGACUUUCUUGCAAGUGAAUCUGCUGCAAGUCGAGUUCGUCCAGGUAUUUACUGCAACGCCAUCGGGGACAGUACCAACGAAGAUUUCCUUUCUGCAAACGAAUUGUGUCAGGUUCUGGACAUCAUGAGCAUCUACAUUGAAGACCAAGACGACGUGCUAACCAGCAGACUUGACAGUNNCUCAUAUAACCCUAGCCCUUUGGCCAGCCGGUUGAGAUACAUUCCUAGCGGAAGGGCCCAAGUCAAGAUCUCCAGCUUCGUCAAAGCUGCACGCCAGCGCUGUCUGAGAAUGGCUGAAGUUUUGGGCCACGAGACACCCCUUCCUUGCUCGAUACUUGAGUUUGGCAUGGGCCUCGAUAUUGAGUGUCGAUUGAUGGCUCAUCGCGAUCACGAGGGCUCCAACUACAUCAUGAAUCUUUUCCAAUCAUGCUGCGAGCACCUUUUCCCAGCAAAGUUCGCCCUGCACCAGUUCGUCGUGCUUCUUUUCCAAUCUUCAGAUCAGGCCUGUUUCGCCGAGGUGUUUUUCCACCUGCUCGGCCAAGGCUAUACUGAAAAUGGGGCUGGUUUUUCCCAUUGGCCCGCAGGUCUGAGCAGUGUACCCACCUAUCGUCAGUCAAGUCUGACUUGGUCCAAGUUCGCGAGUUGGAUGCGGAGAAACACACCGUGGCAGCAGAACAUACAAGUCUUCAAAGAUCGCAUGACGAUGCUAAGGUUGGACAUGCGCGACGAGAUUCAGCGUUGGAAGGAUUUGGUUGUCGAUAUCAAGGCAAAAUCCGGAGAGAUCCAAACCGAGAUGGUCCAGAACGACUUUGCAGCGGUGCAUGAGUUUCACGAAGGUAUGCCAAAUCUCGUCGAACAACUGGAGGCUGGCAUCAAAGCGAUGAUGGAAGAGCAUGAAGCACGAGGCGCGACAUGA